UGGGUUUCAUAGUUUGCUGAUUUAACUGCUCAAACAAAGAGCAUCGAUCGUCUGCCGUGUUUCCCAGAAAAGCUGUAUAUUCAUAGCAAGAAACCUUCGUCGCCCAUUCCGUCAUGUCUCAAGCUCUCUCACCAGACCCUCGAGUUGAAGGAAAGCUAGAAUAUGAUCGUGAAGCUAUCAUAGCGACCGUAACAGAUUUCUACAAACACAUGAUCAAGCUGCCUCAUAUCGAGCCCAGUGAUCUCCUCUACCCACCACCGGAAGGCUGGCCAUCCAUAACGGAAUCCAACUUCGCUCCUUUGAAGAGAUCCGAGGAGGUUAUUGAGCUCCUCAGACAUUUGCCAUAUCUCAAGACAUCUCCUGGCCAAGUACGAGGUCAGGAAUCCAUCGUUGCGUGGGAUACGAAGCCGAUCGAUUAUCGAGAGGAGAAAUUCCAACCUGACAGGAUUGAAGAGGGCGUGAAGAUGAUUACACAGUCCAAGGACAAAUUUCCUGCCUGGGUUGUGCCUCUGACGAGAGGGGUAGAUCUUUAUGGGAUAUGGCUGAUGUUUGAUACUACUGACGGAACUGCCACAGAGUACCAAGGAUGGUGCCUACCAAAUGAGCAAGACUACGCCGUCGACGAUCCUCGCCACUGGAGGGACAAAUGCGAGGGCCGGACUAUGAGGCUGCGGGACUUCUUCGCAGAGUGGCAGCACAGAUUUAUGACUUUAGAAUGGAUCUGUUUGCCAACGGAUAGAUGGCAGCUUUGGUGGGAGGG